AUGUCGAGGUCAAAAGGAAGUCUGACAGACAAAAAUAAAUACCAACAACGUCGAGAACACAAGGAAUACUCUCACUAUCGAGAACACAAGGACAAUUCUCACUAUCGAGAACACAAGGACAAUUCUAACUAUCGAGAACACAAGAAAUAUUCUCACUAUCGAGAACACAAGAAAUAUUCUCACUAUCGAGAACACAAGGGGUACUCUCACUAUCGAGAACACAAGGACAAUUCUCACUAUCGAGAACACAAGAAAUAUUCUCACUAUCGAGAACACAAGAAAUAUUCUCACUAUCGAGAACACAAGGGGUUCUCUCACUAUCGAGAACACAAGGACAAUUCUAACUAUCGAGAACACAAGAAAUAUUCUCACUAUCGAGAACACAAGAAAUAUUCUCACUAUCGAGAACACAAGAAAUAUUCUCACUAUCGAGAACACAAGAAAUAUUCUCACUAUCGAGAACACAAGGGGUACUCUCACUAUCGAGAACACAAGGACACUUCUUACUAUCGAGAACACAAGGAAGACUCUUACUAUCGAGAACACAAGGACAAUUCUUGCUAUCGAGAACACAAGGGGUACUCUCACUAUCGAGAACACAAGGAAUACUCUCACUAUCGAGAUCACAAGGAAUACUCUCACUAUCGAGAACACAAGGACACUUCUUACUAUCGAGAACACAAGGAAGACUCUUACUAUCGAGAACACAAGGACAAUUCUUGCUAUCGAGAACACAAGGGGUACUCUCACUAUCGAGAACACAAGGGGUACUCUCACUAUCGAGAACACAAGGACAAUUCUAACUAUCGAGAACACAAGAAAUAUUCUCACUAUCGAGAACACAAGGAAUACUCUCACUAUCGAGAACACAAGGACACUUCUUACUAUCGAGAACACAAGGAAGACUCUUACUAUCGAGAACACAAGGACAAUUCUUGCUAUCGAGAACACAAGGGGUACUCUCACUAUCGAGAACACAGGGAAUCCUCCCUCUAUCGAGAUCACAAGGAAUACUCUCUCUAUCGAGAGCGCAAAACAAUUAUAACAUCUCCUCUUGCCGAGAGACACAACAAAAACUAUGACAGUCCUUUGCCGUGUAAAUAUAACCUAUUCUACUGGUGUUAA